GUCCCGUGUACAGAACCGACCGACAUAUCCCGGAAACUACAAGUCAGCUGCCAGGAAGCGGAGGGUGUUUAUCCCUGAAUUAGCCGGAUCGCUAACACUGUUAGCUGUCUCAGGGUUGUUGUUGUUUUAUGAAACAGCGGAGCGGCUGUUCUCUGGAAACCACAACAUCCGAGACGGUCUGAAAAUGAAGAGCGUGUUCGUCGCCGAGGUUUUCUCGUUGGCUUGUUUUGUGCUGUUGUGUCGAGUGACAGCUAAGAAUUCCGAAGACAUCCGCUGUAAAUGCAUCUGCCCGCCGUACAGAGAUAUCGAGGGGCAAAUCUACAAACAAAAUGUUUCCCUCAAAGACUGUAACUGUCUCCACGUAGUCGAGCCCAUGCCUGUGGAUGGGAAAGAUGUGGAGGCGUACUGUUUACGCUGUGAGUGUAAAUAUGAAGAGAGGAGCUCAGGAACCAUUAAGUUUACCAUCAUAAUGUACCUCUCCAUUUUGGGACUGCUGCUGCUCUACAUGGUCUACCUGACUCUCCUGGAGCCCAUCUUGAAGAGACGCCUGUUUGGACACUCGCAGCUUAUCCAAAACGAUGAUGAGGUUGGGGACCAGCAGCCUUUUGCCAAUGCUCACAAUGUGCUUUCUCGCUCACACUCUCGACCCAACAUGCUGAACAAAGUGGAGCACGCCCAGCAGCGCUGGAGGAGGCAGGUCCAGGAACAGCGGAAGUCUGUGUUCGACCGCCAUGUUGUUCUGAGUUAAAACUGCCGCGUGAACAAGAGUUACUGAUGAAGGAGAAGAAGAAAACAAAACAAACAAAAAAACACUGUGACAGAGCCCUCGAUUCAUAUCACUUUCCUUCUCUCAUUUGUGGUUUGUAUGUCAUCGUGUGAUGCUUCCUUAGGUGAACAUUGUGAAGAAAUCCCCGGCAGAUGUAUAAUCAAAGCUGGGAACUCUUAUUUAGUCUGCAGGCAGCACAAGAGAUUUUUUUUUUCUUCUUUUGCACAAUUUUGAAUGAAGUCUUAUAUAUAGCAUUUCCAAAAGCAGAACUUACUCUCUGGCUGCGGUCUAGUUUGCAGAAGUGCCAAGUCACCAGAAUAUUUGCGUUGAAAAAUUUGAUGGCCAAGGCGAAGAAACGGGAGAUAAAAGCAAAUCUUUCAAGUAUUUUAUAACAUUCUCUAACUCUUUCUGACCACGUCAGAUGGCGUCCCGUCAGUCCAAAGCUGACUCUCAAUUUCACAAGCCAAACUGGCUUUAAGAGUAAAACAUCCAGAUGUCUGUUGGUACCACUCAUCACGGCCGGAUAACUGCCCGCUUUGGCUGCCCUAAUGAAAUGUUAGCACGUAGCCGGUGGGUGUUUUCCACCCAAAAACUUGUUUAACUUGGAACUACUGCUUUCACCCCAGGAGAAGGUAACUAGUGUAAAAUACAAAUCCUCCAGCCUUCUCUGAACAUGCAUGUUUCAUAAUAAAUCUUUUCUAAAUUGGUUUUCAAUCCUUUAUUCCAACCAUCAUGUCUGAUAACGUGGUGUGAAAUCCAUCAUUUAAUGCAUUUACAUCUAAUUUGAUGUCUGAAAGUAGCCUCACUCAACAUUGUUGCAGAAAUCGAUGCAAUUUCUUGGUGAUGUCAUAGUGAACGUAGCUGUUCUAUUGAUCCUCAUUGAAGACCCUAUUGAUCAAUGCCCUCUUCAACUGUAUAGUCUUUAUUUUGUUGUUGUCACUUCUUUGUGCUCGGUCUAACACCAGUUCAGGCUGUUGUCUUACAGGCAGCGUUGAUGUGGCGGAGGUGGUGUUUGAUUCGGAGGUGGUGUUUGAUUCGGAGGUGGUGUUUGUCCGUGCUCAAAGAAGUUUUAAUUUUUGUGAAUAGUUGGGCUGUGUACAUGGGCAGAGUGGACGAAGAACCAGGGUUGGGGGACCUUUUGAAAGUGUUCUUUAACUAAUAUUGUACAUGUGAUGAUACCUUUGACUUUCAAAUAAAUUUAUGUAAUAUUUGUGA